UUGGUCAGUGAGCGUCUCCUUUGUAUAUAUAUAUACCAUUGUACAUGACUGAGCUGUGUCAGUGCACGAGGAGCGUGCCCGUGGUAGGUUGAAUCGCACCCAGUCAUACACAUAUUGUGAUUGUUUAUUGUAAUUCUAUUUCAUUUUCAUACGAUGUUGAUGUGAUAAUGCAUAUGCCCCCGUGUAAUGUAGCGACAUUAUUUACACUGUCACAAAUGCUUAUUCACUCCAAUGUACAGAAAGUGCUUAGAUCAUGCUAAUUAGCUUAGCAUGCUAGGUCGCUAAUUUGCUUUUAUCAAUAUGUGAUUAGGAUGACUGGAUGUGUGCGCUGUGCCGUGUCUGUGGCUGACCGGGAAUGUCCCCUUUGUUUUGCCAGUUUUACCAGAAUAAAUCUGACCCAAAAGACAGCCAGUGUGGAUUCUUCUACAUUCUACAAACACAACGCAGAGUCUACAUAGGUUACACAAGCACCCUCCCGGAGUCCCGAGGUCGCACGAGAUCUCGCAAAUUCACGCUUAAUCAAGUGAACCACAAAUCAUUUUCUCCCACUCAGAGGUGUAGAAGAUCAACUCGGUCCUGUCCUGUAGAUCUACCUUUUUGUGGAGAUAAUUGUGGUUCAACCAUGGUGUCUUUUCAUAGGAGGAGAGCAGCUGCUUUGUUGCUUCUGCUUGCAAGACAGCAGAGGAGGGGUAGAAGGAGAACAAGCCGGCACUGGGUCCAUCCAUUAAAUCAGCGCAGGCCUCAACAAGGAGAUUUUUAUCAUCUUGUGGCUGAACUGCGCCUGGACAGUCAACGGCAUCAUCAGUACUUUCGUAUGGUUGCAGAGCAAAUGGAUCUGCUUCUCUCCAUUAUAGGCCCAGAACCCACCAGACAGAACACUAACUACAGAGCUGCCAUCGAAGCAAAGCAGAGACUGGCUGUUGGACUGAGACAGGAGCCAGUCUUCCACAUCCAAGCUCUGUGCUGGUCUGUGGCUUCUCCUUGGGUCGGUGCGACCCCCCCUCUCCCUUGGGCUCCGGGACCUGUGGGGCCCAGAUGUAGUAGGCCCCGGCACAGACUGUGCUGCGGAAACCGUCUGUGCUCUGCAUCCACUCGCCGUUAGAGAAACGGACACUGGUGGCACUGAUGCAGUGGAAGGAGCCUGGUCACACACAAGUUUGAUGAGUUACUGAACUUAAAAGUUAUGAAAGUUGCUUUGGUGAAUAAAAGUUAUAUACUGCAAUAUUACCUUCUCUCUCAGUAGAGACCCCAACUCCUCCUCUUCUGCAGCCAAGGCCUCAGCCGUCCAUUGAGC